UGCUUUCACUUCCCUACCGCUGGCGUGGAGGACUCCCGCUCAAAGUCCUCAUCGUCACAUCCGUCCUUGUAUAUUGUUUCUGGCUCCUCAACUCUGGCUAUGAAAAAAACAACCUGAACACUAGCGAUGUGGACAGGGAUUCCUUUUGGCCUACCUCUUUUGACAAGGCACCGUCGCGCAAGCCGUCCAGUUCCUUUCCUCAUAAUGUGCUGGAUUACAACCCUCUCCGCGGCGGGAGCGGCGAAGACUCGAUUACUUCCGUCGCGCAAGCCCUGCAAGACAUCUUCACCCUCCUCCCGGAUGAAGCCGAUCGCAAGGAUAUGACCGAGCCGAUACAGGAGACUGGCGACGCGAAGAUCCGGGAAGUGGGGACUCGCGCCCGCGUUUUCAAAGCCUUUUUUGAAGCAUGGGAAGCUCUCCAUCUCAAGCCGACAUCCUCGUCCACCCGGGGACCGACCUUCGUCCGCGAGGAUACAUUAGCAUACCUCCAGCACCACCGGGAGGCCGUCGCCGCGCGACUGGCCAUGGACCCGGCUCGUGUGAUUCACGCCUACGAGGAGGCGCGCACGUUCCUCAGCCAGCUCUCCACCGCUCUCUUCGGCUGGACCCAGCCCUACUUUGGCCCACUCAUCAACCUGCACGCCGAGUUCGCGACGGGCGGGCGGGGGCUAGUCUUCACUGCGGGCAACGGGCAGGCGGUCUAUCUGCUGACCUCGAUCCAGUCACUCCGCCGGCUCGGGUGUACCUUGCCCGUGGAGGUGCUUUAUCUGGGGGCGGAGGACUUAGGGGCGGAGUAUCGCAAGCAACUCGAGGCGAUCCCUGGGGUGGUGACGCGGGACCUCCGCCCGAUGAUCGAUGACGAGGGCUGGACCCUUCAUGGGUGGGCGGCCAAGGCGUUCGCGAUGCUCCUGUCGAGUUUCCGGGAGGUGAUCUUGGUGGAUGCAGACUCGCUCUUCUUCACCAACCCCGCCGCUCUACUGGAGGACCCGGCUUACCGGCGCACCGGCGCCUUGUUCUUCUACGACCGCGUUUUCCAGCCCACCAUGGAGCGGAAGGCCUGGCUGAAGAAUGUCCUGCCCGCCCCGGUAUCGCAGGCGGUUCGAAAAAAUCGCUUCUGGACGGGCGAGAGCAGCAAUAUGCAGGAAUCCGGGGUCGUCGUGGUGGACAAAUGGCGCCACUUCUCGGCCAUGCUCCUCGUCACACGCCUGAACGGUCCGGAUCGCGAUGGCAACAAGGACGAAGGCAGACCGGGCAUUUAUGAUAUGGUCCUUGGAGACAAAGAGACCUUCUGGCUGAGCUGGGAGUUGAUCGGGGACACCGAGUACGCCUUCCACGAGGGAAGUGUCGCAACGAUGGGUCCAAUGGAAGUUGCAGAGAAGGAUGCCGCGCAGUAUACGGUCUGUGGGGCGCAGGUGCUGCAUCUCGAUGGCGGGAGGCGGCCGCUCUGGUUCAACGGCUGGCUGUUUCCCAAGAUCUCGGGCGACCGGCAUCCUGUCCGCUUCGAAUCCUUCAUCACCGAACCGCCGGAUGUGGCGGGCGACGGUCACUACGAUAUCCGGCCCAGUAAUGUGUUCUGCCUGCACUCGAACCAAAUUUCGAACUUUACGGACGCAGAAAAGGCGAUGUUGAAUGAAACCAUUCAGCUGGCGGCCGGGCUGGGCGCAUUUGGGAAAGACUAAAGUAGGGCUCAACGUACCACCUCAGCCGUCGUAUAGAUAGUGUCUUCCAGAUAGCCUUGAGUUCAUAACCUUUAUGCAU